AUGAGUUUACGAAAACCCUUUGGAGGUAUGGGAGUUAAUGGAAUGGUUGUGAGGAUCAUCCUGAUCAAUUUGGUGGUUCAAACAGCAGGUGUGACGGGAAUUCAGAACGAGCCAACGUCCUCGAGGGCUUCCAGAGAGGAUGUGGUGCUCAGUGCAAGUUCAUUUGCACCGGAAAAAACGACGUCGUUAGAGUCUUUUCGUGAGGGCGAUGAGGGAUCGAGAGAUUUUGUUAGCACACAGCCUGUGAUUCAGUUAGAGAGCUCGAGGAGUCAUGGGAGUGGAGAAAAAUCGACCUCCAAGGUGAGAUUCGAGGAUACGAGUCAUGAGAGCCCUUUGGAUGCUGAGGUGACUGCGUCCAAACAUGUGGAGCAUAUUGAUGAGAAUAAUAUCGAGGUGAAACCCCCGGAGUAUCAUGAAAGCGUGUCGGCGACGGGGACAAGACUCUCGGGGGAAGCCCAGGGGGCUCCGCAAGCACGAGGUAUCGCGGCGGAGCCCCACCAGCCAGUCGAAUCAGUCCCACAGCGACAGGGACGCCAAGAAUCACCGAUGAUUUAUAAUGAUCGCACGCUCCAACCGAGCAUGCAAACUGAGAUACCCACCAAUCGACAAGCGAAUCCGGAUAUCCAGGAUAUCAUAACUGGUAUCGUUAAAUUGCUCAAUGGAAAUGUCAACGUUGCUGUCAAUACCCUCAGGCAUAAACCCGUCCAAGCGACUAGGAUAAACAACCGCGGCCCACCUCGAAUCUCCGACCUCCCACCCCUCCCCCCGGACUUCGACACCCCUGGGAUGAACCCACCACCGCCUCCUCCUCCCGACCACCCAUACCCCUUCGAAACCCCGCCACCAGAGCGUCCUUCAGUCAACCAACUCCCCCCCGCCCCGGAGCGUCACCCUACUCGCCCCCCUCACAUACGCCCUUGGAACCGUCCUAACUUUCCCCCGAACCGUCGUCCCAUACCCCCCUACAAGCCGUUACCCCCUCAGGAGCCGAACUUUUUCUUCGACAAAGACGAUAAGACACAGAGUUCUGACAACACUCACCGUAAUGAUCUAACGACUCCGUCUGUCCACGAAAAUCCGACUGAGCCAUUUGAAGACCUGACAGAGAAACCCCAGAGGUUCCAGCCCCCCUUGAAACCAGAGAAAAUCGAUCCUGCGAGUACUCUAGUGCUUGGAGCAGAGCUGCAACCGAUUCCCAUUCCCUCGCAAUCAGAAGCGAAUGUCAACUCGGUCGUCCCCUUGGAGACGACGAGGAAAAAAGUCAAAGAGUCGUCCAGCUCCAGUAGCCGCUCUGGCAACCUCAGCACCACCACCUCGACAAUUUCCACCCUGAAGAUUGAAACCAGUUCCUCAAUUCAAGUGAUCGAACCAACAAGAACAACCGUAGAGAUUCAGCCGUCGAUAGUUCCCCUGGAAAAGAACUCUGAAGCCUCAAGCACCAUUAAGUCGAGCCUGGAGCCCAGUAAGACCAUUCAAGGGAGUCUUACAAGCUCUAGUAGUAAUGAAGCCCAUCGGGCGACUCCGACGAAAGGCCUAUCAAUAAAUUCAAUAGGCUCCACUACUUCGAGUACUGUCGAAGCUUCUCCGACUGCUUUUGAUCGCCCAACAGGUGUACCCGGAUAUUACAAGCCCUCGAUGAGUGUCAACACUCAUGCAUAUCACCCUAGACCUGGGAUAGUGCUCGAUGAUACGUUGGAUUACACGAAGAAACAGGUUUUCACGACACAGCGACCGCAUGUACCGUCAAGGCAUCAUCAAAUCGGGGAUAUUUUCGAUGUGACGGUGUCAGUGAUCCAGGGACCUGGGGGUGGCUCUGGAGAGGGAGUGAGGGUGCCGGUUAAUCCUCAUGGAGGGGGAGGGGAAGAUGUUAUCCUGACGUCAGCGGUUGAAGGUCAAGGAUUCGUCAGCAUCGACGGAAAACGCACUCAUCUGAACCUCUUCGACAACACUCCAGAAACAAUAUCCCCCACAAAAGCUGUCUUUCCUCCAGCCAGAACCCAGCCGCCAGUCUUCGGAACCGGCUACGCAGUGCCCCAGCCAGAUCUUCCAGUCCCCGGACACGCCUACGGUACCACCGGUCGUCCCGUCUUCAGGAAGACCACCACGGAUAUCGUCAGAAUCGACACCUGCAUAGUCGGUGAUUCCAGUACUUGCGAUGCCAGCCAACACGAGGCCUGCGCUACUGUUCAAGGGGUAUCUGCCUGUCAAUGCAAGCCUGGCUUCGCCAGAUUGGUCAGGACUCUGCCGUGCAAAAGAGUGAUUAGCAUCGUUGUCUCCAUCCGAGUCGACAGGAUUUACGACAAGGAAGUCGUUUGGAGUAACAACUUAUUGGACAAGAACUCCGAGGCUUAUCAAGAGAUUGCUUAUGAGUCUAAUGUAGCUAUCGAGUCUGCAAUGUCAAUGACGCCCUUCACAGAUGAGUACAUGGGCUCGUCCAUCAAUGGAAUUUACCAGGGUGAUGUUUCUCAAGGACAGGGAGGAGUGUUCGUUAAUGCUACCGUCAAAUUGACGUUUGAAACCAGAACCGCGAGACCUUCACUCGCUGGAGAACUGCAGAAACAACUUUUGGGGGUCAUUCACAGACGGAAUAAUAAUAUCGGCAAGAGUGCUGUAUUUGUUAAAACACCAGCUGGGUCCAUCUCUAAUCUCCAGGAUCUUGACGAAUGCGCCUCGACUGAGCUUAAUGAUUGCCAUUCUUCGGCCGUUUGUAGCAACGUUUGGGGAGGAUUUGUUUGUGCUUGCAAAGCGGGACUGAGGGACCCGCAUUCGGAGGAUCCAGAGAAGGCCGGAAGGGUGUGCCUGUCGUGCCCUGCUUCGCAUUGCAAUAACCGGGGGACGUGCUCGUACCAGGGAAAUGUGGAACAUUGCACAUGUGCUGGAAAUUAUUAUGGAGUAAAAUGUGAAAUUGAUGGAGAAGUUGUUGCCGUAGCAAUUGGCGCAUCCGUUGCAGCUCUGAUAAUAAUAAUUCUUACCCUCGUGUGCCUCGUUAUGUGGAGUCGAAGAUGGUCGAGGGAACAGAAGGCAAUGGGCUCUCCGGUUUAUGGAUAUAUGCAAGGAGGUAUGCCAGGAACUAUGCCAAAUACAUUAGCUCGUGUUGGUUCGAUGGGUACUUUAGCUUCAGUUAAACAAGGACCACCCUCAAAUAUGCCUCCUUACAUGUGGGGACAUUUGGCUGAUCAUAUGGCAACAGCAAAUUUAUACGCAGGUGAACCAAUGGGACCUACAAGACCAAGUUCAGCAGUCUUCGGUUACCCCACAAUGAGCGUACACGGUACCCUCCCCCCAGUGCCUCUUCCGAGACUCCAGGCGCCUCCUAGAACUCGGCAGAGGCACCUUCCAGAGCCAGACAGUUCGGAUUCGGAGCCCCAGGACAAAGACAGGGCUGACCUCAUCCCUCAGAGCAGUGGCUUCCACGUCCCCAGACCAAAGUCGAGGUCCUCUCUAGCGAAUCAGAGCGGAAUUUAUUACGACGUUGAAUACGACCAGGGCGACGCUCACCAUCUUUCUAAAAAUAAUAUACCCAUGUCCACUUACAGCAUGGCAAGACCGUAUUAUAGGACGUGAGACGAAAGACGUGAAUCAUAGUCGGUACCAGGUAUCACACAGUUCAAUCUGGAAGAAUUGGUUUUAGUACGAGGAUUGAAAUUUAUGUUGUUUUACCACUAUAAUUGGAAAAGCCUCAAAUCAAUCUUCUGCAUAGAUAAUAGCGAAAUAUUUUAAAAUAAUGAGAAUCAAUUAUAUUUUUACUAUUUCAAUAGAAUAAAUUCAGCAGCCAAGUGAUAGGGGAAACGAAUUCUGAAUUCAUUUCCGAAUUAUUUCACAAAUAUUUUCUAAAGGCCGAAUUUCCAAAGAAAAUGUUGGAAAUCUUUCUCGUGGAGAAUUUUAUGACCUGCAAAAAAUAUCUUUCGAUAUUUCUUCUGAACCCCUUACUUCUCUAGACAGUCAAAAAAUAAUCAAUUCAAAAUAUUUAAAUUUAAUUUUUCAUGAAAAAAUUUUAUAAGUUCAAUUGUCGAACGAAAAACAAAUACUUCUUGUUCUGUGUCAUUGGUACACACUUUACCUAGCUCAAUAAUAAUAUUAAAAAUAAAGAAAAGACUAUGUAUUAUGAUUGAUAUUAUAUAUAUCAUUUAAAUUACACAAAUUAUAGAAAUUAAGAACGAAUGAAUGUGAUUAAGUUUUAAAUAACCAACAGAUUUUAUGAAUCAUUGUUCAUAAUUAAUCGAUUCAUCAACUAAUUCGUUGAUUCAUUGAAUGACAAUG